AUGCGUAAAUUAGUGAUUCCAAAGUACUUCGGACGUCCUUCAAUCGGUUUGGCACUUUUUGGCUGCACGAACCGUCCGUUCUAUCACGUUUGUGUGUUCCCGGAUAGAGCUUUGGGGCGAAGAUACGAGGGUAAUAUUCUUGAGCAGGUGGGAACGUUCGAUCCACUUCCAAAUCAGAAGAACGAGAAAUUGGUGGCAUUAAACUUCGGUCGACUCAAAUAUUGGAUCGGAGAGAGAAACGCACAUAUUUCUGUGCCAGUUCUCGAGCUUCUUGGUUUGUCGGGACUCUUCCCAAUCCAUCCCAAAUCUUUUAUUCGAGCGAAGGACAACCGAGCGCUAAUCGCUGAUCAACAGUUGAAAGCGGUUGCUGAAGCAUCAAACGCCGAGAAACUCAGCGAAGAACAGGUAAACUCAAAAACUCUGUAG